CGGAGUACAUAAAGGUAGUGUGGGCGCCUACCAAUCAUAAGUACCUACCUACUGUACUCUAAGUGCUGGAGCGAUAAGCCGCAACCUCCAAAUAAAAUUCCAGGGACCCGCUAAUCCUUGAGCUACAAUUCUAGAACACAUCAAUCGACGACUACCUCGAAUCAGUCACGCCGUCUGCCGAGACGAUUCGCAAGCCAACCUCUAGCUUCCGACAACCAUAAAAAUAACGAAACCGACCUUAUCGCAAAAGCAAAAGAGGGCCGCAGACAGGCACCCAAAGGAGAUGGCGUCGGAAAUCGCCGCCGGGCUGCGGAGGGCGGCCAAGGAGAUGCACGGAAUCGUUGUGUCGGCUGGCCUGAUGGACAAGACCGUCAAGGUACGAUUGGGUGGCCAGAGGUGGGAGCAGAGAGUUCACAAGUGGUUCAAAGCCCCGCGGUACAAACUCGUCCACGAUCCAGCCAACUCGUUGCGCCAGGGCGACGUAGUAGCCAUCACACCGUCGUGGCGCGAGUCGCAGCACGUGCGACACGUAGUGAAGCACAUCAUUGCGCCGUAUGGCGUCGGCAUCGACGAGCGGCCGCCCAUCCCGAGCCUAGAAGAGCGAGCCUCCGAGCGCAUGUCUAAGCGCAACGCCAAAGACGAGCAGAGGAUGCUUCGCCGCUCUGCCGCUGAUGCGGGCGUCGCUACGAGCGGUACUAAUAAAAUCUUGGAGGAGGCGGGGAGAGCCGUGGAGCCGUCGGCUUCAUAACAGUGCUAUCCGUAUAGCAGCACUCUGAAGAAGAGCCGUACUGCCUAUGUCUCGUGACGC